CAGCGGGGCUAGAGGUCAGAGUUGAAUGUUUGACAGAAAGCUGAAUAUGGAUUCCAUAUUUCACGAGAAACAAGAGGGCUCUCUGUGCGCCCAGCACUGCCUCAACAACCUCCUGCAGGGUGAGUACUUCACUCCUGUGGAUUUGUCCUCCAUCGCUCAUCAGCUUGAUGAAGAGGAGAGGAUGAGGAUGGCAGAGGGAGGUAUGGCCAGUGAGGAGUACAGGACCUUCUUACAGCAACCAUCUGGGAACAUGGAUGACAGUGGGUUCUUUUCAAUACAAGUAAUUAGCAAUGCUCUGAGAGUGUGGGGCUUGGAGCUAAUCCUCUUCAACAGCCGGGAGUACCAGAGCUUGAUGAUAAAUCCAAUAAAUGAGAAAGCCUUCAUUUGCAACUACAAGGAGCAUUGGUUUACUAUACGCAAACUUGGACAACAGUGGUUUAACCUUAAUUCACUGUUGACUGGACCAGAGUUGAUUUCGGACACCUAUUUAGCCCUUUUCCUUGCUCAGUUACAACAAGAAGGUUAUUCCAUAUUUGUGAUCCGAGGAAACCUCCCUGAGUGUGAAGCAGAGCAGAUCCUCCGGAUCAUGAGGGUGCAGCAGCAGCAAAGGCCUAGGCUCAUUGGAGAGGAGGAGGCCCAGACAAGUGCAGGCAGGUCAGCAGCUCUGAGCCAGACAGAGGUGGGCUUUGGUGUUGAAGAUGAUGUUGUGGAUGAUGAUGAAGAACUGAAGAGAGCCCUGGCACUCAGCAGACAGGACAUAGAUGUGGAAGAUGAGGAGGCUGAUCUUCGCAGGGCCAUACAGCUCAGCAUGCAAGGAGCAGUGAUGAGCAACAAGUCUUCAGAGUCUGAAGUGGGAAAUGUGAAAUCAGGCAGUCAGGCAGCAGGAAGUGCCGCAGGAGGACAAGGAGAAGGCCGGAAUGAGACACUCACAGCCGAGGAACUGCGGAAGAGGAGACAAGCCUACUUUGAUCGGCAGCAGCAACAAGCUCAGACAAACAUUCCUCAACAACCAGACACAAAAUCAACAGGUGGCUCAGGAUCAGUAAAUGCUGGCUCUGAGGAGGACCAACAACAAAAGCCCAGCCAGUGAAGUUGUGAAAGGUUUGCCUGUGUUGUUUACCAGCUGCCUGGAUUGGCAACCCCCUCCAGGGGUAGCUUUGCUCCUUCCUCUAACCUUUUGCACAUGCGAACAUAAGGACAGUCAGAAGGCUGACACGUUUCCCCUGGUUAGUUCGCUGACAAGCCACAGAGAAGAGAACAAUGACAAAGAAAAGGCAGCAGUUAGUCUAAUCUAACUCAGUGAGGCACUGAGGCUGGGAAAAGGGUGACCACAGAACUCAUGAUGCAGUUAAUCCAAGUUUGCAAUUGCCUUUGUACCAUGGCGCCUUCUAUUUCUAUUGUAUACAGUUUUUUAUUCUUGGUUUUUCUCUGGAAGAGAUGGAAAGGAAUCUUCAGCAUAUAAAAGGGUGUGUUUACUUGCUUGGGGAGAAUCCAUACAGAGAUGGGUGUUCUGUGAAAGCCAUAGGAGACCAAUGUUUAGACCACAGAUAAAAGCUUGACAAAUAGUGACAGAGCCUCCUACCUUUUUAUUGGAAUUUGUAGGAUAAAAGAUGUAAUUCCCUGCCCCACCAGAACAACUGUGUGGUUUUGAAAUUGUUUAUUUUUUGCAGUGUACUGAUACAUCUUUUAGCCAGCAGCGCUGACAUGUGUGGGCCAUUUAUUCCUGGCAUCACUGACCAUUUUACUUGUGAACAUGUACAAGUGAACUCCCAAGGUAUUUAGACAACAACAUGUGUUUGAUGUUGUGGCUUUGUUUUUACCUUUGAGCUUAUAAGCAGGCCUAUUGAAAUUUAAGAUUACAAUGCUUACAAACACAAUUUAGGGGUGUUUUGUCCAGUCUGGAUGAACAGUGAACAAAAUAGUUCUAUAGAGCUAUUUGUUCAAUCUAAGAUGCUUUUGACUGAUGGAUAUUUUUUAUAUCUUGUCGUAAUGUAAUGGGGAACAAAUAGGAAAUCUGUAAACUUUAUGAAACUACAGCUGAUAGAUAAAUACAUUGUUCAUUUUUCCAGCACAGGAUGACAACUCAAAACCAAAAAAACUCUGACAUGUCCAACCAGCCGGCCUAGUUUGUGACUUUGUAUGUUACCUCUCUUCAUCAGUAUUUGUCAUAAACUCAAUAGGGAAUUAUUAUAAAGAAAAAAAUGUUAAAAUGAUGAUUCCCUUUGACAACCCGUUAGAAAGAGUUUACAGUUACAGUCCCUGAAAUGCUUGUUUAAUUGCACUUGAUUGACUUAUCCUGUUUUCCAGUAAUACUUAGAGCAGUGUUGUACACAUUAGUUGUACAAAGAUACAUUCAUUUGCACUGAGGUUGCCAUGGUUUAAAGCUAUGGAUGCCAGUGGCUGAUUGAUGGCCUUUGGAAAUAACAGUUUAAUAGCAAGAAUUAGGGGAGACUGUUAUUUAAUCCCAUAAUUUGUAUAGUAUAAAACCCAAAGAACGAAACAAAACAUCAGAAAUGUGUCACCGUGCAUACACUUUGAAGAGUUCAUUGUAUGUUUUUUUUGCGUUUGAUUCUUACCAUAACUUAAUACCAUAAAUCUCCUGCAUUUUUCUCUACAAGCUUUCAUUCAGUCCUGAAAAACAGAAUCUGGUUACAGCGCACAAUGUUAAUGAAUAAACCACAUUUCAGCAUUAAAACAACCAAAUUUGUUUACAGUUGUCAUGUAUUUUGGAACCUUUCAGCGUGCAUAUAUCUUCAUGCCUCCACAGAAAUAUUGAAUAUCAUGACUUUUUGUGCUGGUUCACUUCCAGGAAGAAUCCAUGAUUUCCUUAUUGUUUGUUUUUUUCCUUCUGAUUUCCUUCUGAGGGUCUUUUUUUUUAUUUAAAAUUCACUUGUGAAAGAGUAUAAAAUGUUGGUAGUUGGGUUUUUUAUCAUUGCAUUAUUUCCACUCACUGCAUUCUCACAAUAAGUGCUAAUUCAUUCAUCUUUGUUAUAUUUCACAUUACCACAGCACAUUCUUUCAUUUAAUGUAUUAGUUCUUGUUCCAGGAUUAAAGUGAUAUUCACUCCU